GGCGGCCCCCGCGCUCCCCCCCGCGGCCCAGGGCAACGAUGGCGCAGGGCUGCAAGAUCGGACCGUCCAUCCUCAACAGCAACCUGGCCUGUCUGGGGGCCGAGUGCGUCCGCAUGAUGGACUGCGGCGCCGAUUACCUGCAUUUAGACGUGAUGGACGGACAUUUUGUGCCUAAUAUCACAUUUGGUCACCCGGUGGUGGAGAGUCUCCGGAAGCAGUUGGGUCUGGAUCCGUUCUUUGACAUGCACAUGAUGGUUUCUAAGCCAGAGCAAUGGGUGAAGCCAAUAGCAGUGGCUGGUGGCAAUCAGUACACAUUCCAUCUGGAAGCAACAAAUAAUGCAGGAGCACUCAUCAAAGAUAUCCGAGAAAAUGGCAUGAAGGUGGGUUUGGCAAUUAAACCAGGAACUUCUGUGGAAGAGUUGGCUCCUUGGGCUAAUCAGAUUGACAUGGCCCUCGUGAUGACUGUGGAGCCUGGGUUUGGAGGUCAGACAUUUAUGGAUGACAUGAUGCCAAAGGUGCAGUGGUUGAGAACCCAGUUUCCUUCUUUGGAUAUUGAAGUUGAUGGAGGUGUGGGACCAGAUACAAUACAUAAAUGUGUAGAGGCAGGGGCAAACAUGAUUGUGUCUGGCAGUGCAAUAAUGAAAAGUGCUGAUCCCAGAUCCGUGAUGAACCUUCUCCGAAAUGCAUGUAUGGAAGCUAUUCAGAAGCGUUGUUUGGACAGGUGAAACACCAACAGUAUGUUAACCUACUGUGCCUGCUGUUAACCUACAGUGCGGUGGAUAUGGACUUAACGAGAUAAAUAUUGUUAUAAUUGCUAUAUUGACUGAAUAAUACAGCAAAAUAUGAUUUCUGCAAUGUACUAUUUGGAGCAGUGCAUAAGAAAUGGAUUAUUGUAUGGAUAUUUUGAUUUAUUUGCAAGAAACCUUGAAAGUCUUUGAUAAUGCAUUAAUUUCAAUGCCUAGCCAUUUAUUCUCUUCUUCCUCGCCCACCCCUCAAUUUCCAGUCUCCUCUGAAUAAAGAUUUAUCUGUGGCAAAAUAUUACAAACAGGGCAUGUUUAUUCCAUGUAAAAUGUAUGAAGUGAAAAAAUAUUAACCAGGCUUUUUUCCUGGAUUUAUAAUGCAGGUAGAAUUAAUUCAUAAAAACAAAAUGUCUUUUAUGCUGCAGCAGAAAGGAUAGGUAUUCUAACUUGCUUUAAUGCUCAUCUCUUGAAUAUGUCUACCUCAUUUGGGGGGUGGAAAUAAACCUUACAUUUGAUAUAGCACCUUUUACAUAAAGCUUCACGGGAUUUUUUUAUGCAGAGUGUAAUGACUAUUAUUUUGUAGGCAAAAACAAUCAAAUCAAUACUUGCCUAAAAUGAGGUUUCACUCUUGUGAUUUUGGAGACUGGUACAAUUAUCUCCAAUUCUCUGACAUUAUUCUGAUGGUUAGAAAUGUAGAGACUAGCCUAGGUUAGGAACACAAGCACUUAAGUGUCAAAAUAUAAAUAAUGUUAUCAAGAGGUAUUAGCCCUGAUUCAAGAAUGAGCGACUUUUUAUAAAUGCAAUAUGAAAUUGGUUCCCCUGACAGCAGAUAUGAUUGAUUUUUUGAACCUUAGGAGUUGUAAUCUAGUGUGUAAAAUAUGUCUGAAAUAGAAAUCUGCAACAGCAUGCUGGAUCCCAUCCACAUGCCUUGCAUAUUUUAGAAUAUAAUCUUUUUUAAAUAUCUCUAGACAUCAUUUGAGUUUUCCCUGAUUAAUGUUAUCUUGCUUGUUAGAUUCAUCCAUUGAGGCUUUGUAUUGCUGUUUGAGCUGCUUGCCUGAAAAUUUCUGACCAGGUUUAGAUGUAUUGACUAGCAAUAAAAAUAUUGUAAUUAGAAUUAA